AUGGCGUCCCACGAUGGAAAGGAUUCAAAGAGCAGCCGCACAUCUUUUUAUGCUAUUAGUCAUAACAGUAUGCGGGAAAAAGUUGAAAGACCUGCCUACUUGAACUGUCUAAUCCCCCCGAGGAGCCCAUCAUCAACUAACGAUGGUACAUCCACUGCAAGUAAAGAGGGGAAACAAACAACAACAUCGGCUAACAAGAGUACAUCUUCAGCAAGUGGCGCAAAAAAGCCCCCUGCACCAUCGGUUGAGGAAGAGGUUGAGGGAAAAACACCUACAGCAACAAACGAGGCAACCCGUGAUGACACAUUUGGUUCAGCAGCUGGUUUUGAUAAGAAGGCAGAGGACCGAUUUAAGAGAAUAUUUAAAAAGGUAGAAGUAGAUCACCCGAUUUCUGGAAUACUCAAGUACGUCUCUGAACAAGGCAAGAAUGACCGAACACUUAUAGUAGGCCGAGGAAAAGAUUGGUUUUCAACUGAGGAUAUGAACAGUGGAAAGAUCAUAACGUACACUGCAAAACCGCAAAACGUACUGGCACUGCUGGGAAAGAAAAUGGUUGGCUAUAAGCGUCCAUGCAUCCCACGUAAGGACAAUGAAGCAUGGAAAGUCAGCAUUACCUUUGAUAAGGAUGAUUACGACCUUGUCGAAUUGCACGGCUUCGAUAGAAGGGUUAUUACAUAUGGUCAGGGUUUUAUAGAACAUCUCAAAGACACGGACUAUGUUGUUAAAGACGGCAAAGUCAUUGAUAAAAACGCAAAGUGA